UCGUGUUGGAUCUCUCAAGUGUCAAAGAUCGUCGCUUUUAUUCCCCCGUCUUUUUCCCCACACUGGACUCGAAUAAGCACGUGCGUCAUAACUGUCCAGCGAUGAACAAUAAUGUGAGAUGUGUCUGGUGCCAGAUCAUUAUUGCAAAGCCACCUAGGACUUCCUGCAAAGAACUUCAUCUGAAUAAUUGACCCCGACGAGUUGGUGACCUUCCUGACCCCUCUUCGGAGGUGGCUCAGACGGCCAUAAGCUUAUAAUCAACAAUGCUGGAUACUCGUGGAAUCUAUUCAAAUGUUCCUCCAGACAUCAGGACCAGGGUGCAGGACAAUCCCACGCUCUUGGUGAGUUGGUGGGCAACCGCUUUCUCUCUGGCCAUUAUUGUGACUAGGGUUUGUGGUCGCUAUAUUCGGAUCGAGCGAUUCUUCCCCGAAGACAAGGUGAUGAUGACCAGUAUCAUACCACUACUGAUUCGAAUGGCCUUUGUCCAUGUUAUUCUCAUAUGGGGUACAAACAAUACGAAGACGGAUGGAUUGACUGCGGAGGAAAUUCGACAUAGAGAGAUCGGCAGCAAGCUCGUUCUUGCUGCGCGGAUUUUCUAUGCCAUCUUUAUUUGGACCGCCAAGGUGACCGUAUGCCUUUUCCUCAAACGUGUGGCCGGAAUGAUUUGGAGACGCUCCCUGCAGAGGUUUCUGCAAUUUUUAUACUACUUUUUGGCUUCGACAUUUAUUGCGGUGGUGAUUGCCACUUUGACCGAAUGCCAGCCUUUCAACCAUUACUGGCAAGUUGUUCCAGACCCGGGUGCACAGUGUCGGUCAGGUUAUGCCAACUUGAUUACAAUGGGGACGUGUGAUGUUAUCACAGACUUACUCCUAGUCGCCUUCCCGAUUCCUCUUGUCCUAAUGACACAUAUGUCUGUGAAACGAAAAGCAUCUCUUGUCGUCCUUUUCGCACUGUCGCUCAUCUUGGUCGGGAUUACCUCAUAUCGAAUACCAACAGUUAUCAGCCACGGUGGCUCACAGCAGUAUCGAUCGCUCGUCGCCUCACUGGAGAUAUUAGCCGCUACGGCUGUUUCCAACGCUUUGGUGAUUGGAUCAUUCGUGAGGGAUAAGGGUGUUAAGAAAGUGAAAUAUCAGAAAGCAGUAGGAUCGGCAUCAGUGAGCGAAAGCGUGGAACACAGCUCGAUUCAACGUUCGCACAUCACACACCAUCAGUGGGGAAGUGAUUCUGACCUUGCUGGUGGCUUGGGCAUACGCCUUGCCCCCGAAUUAUGCUCCUUCGAUAAUACAGUACCACGUCCAGCUCCUAUUGCAGCUCCACACCAUACCUUUACGGCCCACACGGGAAAUUUAACCCCGAACUGGUCCUUUAACCGCAACUCGAUGGGGGCUGAAGAUGAUGCGAUCUCUACUCCAGACAGUUUGGAUGUCAAAGUCAGCCCUCGCGAAUAUAUCGAAACAAACAAAACACCAAGCAAGAGGCCCAGCAAUGCCAUGUCUCAUUCAUCCCAGAGAAUGUCUAUAUUCGAUGUCGGCGGUCUGCUGGAUUCCACACCAACAGCCAGUGAUAGUGCCACCCAUCCUCAUAUUCCACAAGACUUCGAAAUGAGUAUAAGGCCACCUCGUCGCAGUGGAACUAGGACAUUUCUCCAGGACGUCGGUGGCCUGCUCUCUGUUCCGGGCACUCAGAACCGCCCGGCUCUUCCCCCGCAACCUUCACAUUCAAAUUUCUCUCGACCAGGAAUUCUAUCACUAUCCGGUCAUACCCAAACAAACACCGGGCGACGAGGCUCAAGUGUGCAUUUUAGCGAUGAAACCGAGGCCCCGGUGCCCUCAUACCGAUCACAUCCUGAUGUGUCUGGCCCUAUCAACGAAGGGAAUGACAUGGAGCUUCAGGAUGUUGGAGGUCUGCUUUCACGAGACACAUGAUGAUGAUUUGACGAUUGUACAAAUAGGUGGAUCUUUUUUGGUAUCUUGGUCGUUCUAUUUUCGGACUUAUAUCUGGAUUUGGGAGAUUUUGGAGAGGUUAUUGGGUUAGGUUUUUAAAGCGAUGGCGUUGGAAUUGCACUUUCACUUACCAUACUAAAUGAAUAUCCAUAAAUAUUAAGGUAAUUUAAAUUUUGGAAAAGAACAUGUUGAUAACCACCAGAUGAAUGAUA